CCGGCCCGGCCCUCCUCCCUCCUCCCGUCCUGCUCCCUCCUCCCGCCCGCCUCCCCAGCUGUCCCGUUCGCGUCAUGCCGAGCCUCCCGGCCCCGCCGGCCCCUCUGCUGCUCCUCGGGCUGCUGUUGCUCGGCUCCCGGCCGGCCCGCGGCGCCGGCCCGGAGCCCCCCGCACUGCCCAUCCGUUCCGAGAAAGAGCCGCUGCCCGUUCGGGGAGCGGCAGGCUGUUCCUUCGGCGGGAAGGUCUAUGCCUUGGACGAGACGUGGCACCCAGACCUGGGGGAGCCCUUCGGGGUGAUGCGCUGCGUUCUGUGCGCCUGUGAGGCGCCACAGUGGGGUCGCCGUGGGAGGGGCCCUGGCAGGGUCAGCUGCAAGAACAUCAAACCCGAGUGCCCAACGCUGGCCUGUGGGCAGCCUCGCCAGCUGCCAGGACACUGUUGCCAGACCUGCCCCCAGGAGCGCAGCAAUUCGGAACAGCAGCCGCCGGGCCUGUCCUUUGAGUAUCCCAGGGAUCCGGAGCAUCGCAGUUAUAGUGAUCGCGGGGAGCCGGGUGCUGAGGAGAGGGCGCGCGCUGACGGCCACACGGACUUCGUGGCGCUGCUGACUGGACCGAGGUCUCAGGCAGUGGCACGUGCCCGAGUCUCACUGCUGCGCUCCAGCCUACGCUUCUCCAUCUCCUACCGGAGGCUGGACCGUCCCAGCAGGGUCCGCUUCUCAGAUUCCACAGGCGGCAUCCUCUUUGAACAUCCUGCAUCCCCCACCCAAGAUGGCCUGGUCUGUGGGGUGUGGCGGGCAGUGCCUAGGUUGUCUUUGCGGCUCCUUAGGGCAGAACAGCUGCAUGUGGCCCUUGUGACACCCGCUCACCCUUCAGGGGAGGUCUGGGGGCCUCUCAUUAGGCACCGGGCCCUAGCUGCAGAGACCUUCAGUGCCAUCCUGACUCUGGAAGGUCUACAACAGCAGGGUGUAGGGGGCAUCACCCUGCUCACCCUCAGUGAUACGGAGGACUCCUUGCAUUUUUUGCUGCUCUUCCGGGGGCUGCUGGAACCCAGGAGUGUGGGAGCAACCCAGGUUCCCUUGAAGCUCCAGAUUCUACACCAGGGUCAGCUACUGAGAGAGCUCCAGGCCAAUGCCUCAGCCCAGGAGCCAGGCUUUGCUGAGGUACUGCCCAGUCUGACAGCCCAGGAGAUGGACUGGCUUGUGCUGGGGGAGCUGCAGAUGGCCCUGGAGAGGGCAGGAGGGCCAGAACUGCGCAUCAGUGGGCACAUUGCUGCCAGGCAGAGCUGUGAUGUCCUGCAGAGUGUCCUUUGUGGGGCUGAUGCCCUAAUCCCAGUCCAGACAGGUGCUGCCGGCUCAGCCAGCCUCACACUGCUAGGAAAUGGCUCCCUGAUCUACCAGGUACAAGUGGUAGGUACAGGCAGUGAGGUGGUGGCCAUGACACUGGAGACCAAGCCUCAGCGGAGGAAUCAGCGCACUGUUCUGUGCCACAUGGCUGGAUUCCACCCAGGAGGACACAUGGCUGUGGGUGUCUGCCCUGGGCUGGGUGCCCGAGGGGCUCAUAUGCUGCUACAGAAUGAGCUGUUCCUGAAUGUGGGCACCAAGGACUUCCCAGAUGGAGAGCUGCGGGGGCAUGUGGCCACCCUGCCUUACAGUGGGCACAGUGCCCGCCAUGAUAUAUUGCCUGUGCCCCUGGCAGGAGCCCUGAUGCUGCCUCCUGUGCAGAGCCAGGCAGCUGGGCAUGCCUGGCUUUCCCUGGAUACACACUGUCACCUGCACUAUGAAGUGCUGCUGGCUGGGCUUGGUGGCUCAGAACAGGGCACUGUCACUGCCCAUCUCCUUGGGCCUCCUGGAAUUCCAGGGCCCCGGCGGCUGCUGAAGGGAUUCUACGGCCCAGAGGCCCAGGGUGUGGUGAAAGACCUGGAGCCUGAGCUGCUGCGGCACCUGGCACAGGGCACUGCCUCCCUGCUGAUCACCACCAAGGGUAGCCCCAGAGGGGAGCUUCGAGGGCAGGUGCACAUCCGCAACCAAUGUGAGGUGGGCGGCCUGCGUCUGGCUGCGGCCGGGGCCGAGGGGGCGGGGUCUCCUGGCGUUUCGGAUGCAGUCGCUGCUGCGCUGCCAGCGCUGCCCGCGCAGCCCGCUCAGCCCGCUCAGCCCGCGGUCCCCGACCCUGAAGCCCCAGCGCCGGCCAAACCUGGAGGCCCUGGGAGGCCCCGAGACCCCAACACGUGCUUCUUCGAGGGGCAACAGCGCCCGCAUGGGGCUCGCUGGGCGCCUAACUAUGAUCCUCUUUGCUCACUCUGCACCUGCCAGAGACGAACGGUGAUCUGUGACCCGGUGGUAUGUCCACCCCCAAGCUGUCCACACCCGGUGCAGGCACCUGACCAGUGCUGCCCCGUGUGCCCGGAGAAAAAAGAUGCCAGAGAGCUACCAGGGCUGCCAAGGAACCGGGACCCAGGAGAGGGCUGCUAUUUUGAUGGUGACCGGAGCUGGCGGGCAGCGGGUACCCGGUGGCACCCCGUCGUGCCCCCCUUUGGCUUAAUUAAGUGUGCUGUCUGCACCUGCAAGGGGGGCACUGGAGAGGUACACUGUGAGAAGGUGCAGUGUCCUCGGCUGGCCUGUGCCCAGCCCAUCCGCGCCAACCCCACUGACUGCUGCAAACAGUGUCCAGUAGGGCCAGGGGCCCAGCUGGGGGAUCCCAUGCAGGCUGAUGGGCCCCGGGGCUGCCGUUUUGCGGGACAGUGGUUUCCAGAGAGCCAGAGCUGGCACCCAUCUGUGCCCCCCUUUGGGGAGAUGAGCUGUAUCACCUGCAGGUGUGGGGCAGGGGUGCCCCACUGUGAGCGCGAUGACUGUUCACUGUCAUUAUCCUGUGGCUCGGGGAAGGAGAGUCGAUGCUGCUCCCACUGCACACCCCGUCGGCCAACCUCUGAGACCAGGAGUGUUCCAGAGCUGGAGAAAGAAGCUGAAGGCUCCUAGGGAGCAGCCACAAGGCCAUAUGACCAAGAGGACGGGGCCUGAGCUGGGGGAAGGGGUGGUGCUGAGGACCCCGCAUUCUCCUCUGGGGAAGCCCAGUGCCUUUGACUCCUCUGUUUGGCCCCUUCUCCCUCCCCCUCUACCUCUGGGAACCACAGCUCCGCAAGGGGGAGAGGCAACUGGGCAGGCCAAGGUCAUAUCCACUCCAGCUUCUGCCUUGUUACGGUCUGGCCCUGGCCUAGAAGCCCACCCCUUUCCUUCUGUACAUAAUGUCACUGGCUUGUUGGGAUUUUUAAUUUAUCCUCACUCAGCACCAAGGGUUCCCCCACUCCACUCCUGCUGCCCCUGAGCUGAGCAGAGUCAUUAUUGGAGAUUUUUGUAUUUAUUAAAACUUUUUUUUUUUUUUCA